AUGGUCGCCCUUGAUAUUGUCCACGCCUCCAACGCUCAGUUGCGAGAAUUAGGUCCUGGACUCGUCGCAUUGUUUGUUGGUGGAACUAGUGGGAUUGGGGAGUUUACACUAAAAGCAUUCGUGCAGAAUACAAUCUCUCCCAGAGUCUAUCUCGUCGGCAGGUCUGCUUCAGCCGCAGAACGGAUCAUAAAAGAAUGCGAAGGCCUGAAUAAAGAUGGGAAGGUCGAGUUUCUGCAGGCCGAUGUCACAGAGCUGGCGGAGGUAGACCGCGUCUGCAAGGAGAUUGGGACGCGAGAGAAGACGCUCAAUCUGCUGGUGCAGACCCAGGGGAAUUUUACGUUCGCUGGAAGACAGGAAAAUGAUGAAGGCCUCGACCGCAAAAUGACGCUGAACUACUACUCUCGAAUGUGCUUUAUCCACAACUUACGUCCCCUCCUCCGAAACGGUGCUGCAUCUCCCCCACAUUUCUCCCGAACCCUGAGUGUCCUCAGCCCGGGCUCUGAGCGCCGUGUCGACCUCGAUGAUCUAGAGUUAAAGAAUUCAUAUUCGGGUAUGAAGUGUGCUAAUCACACAGUCCUCAUGAAUGAUCUUAUGACCGGCGAAUUCGCAUCUCGCGAGCCUGGUACCACAUUCGUGCAUUCGUUUCCAGCGGGCGUCAAUACUGGACUUGCAAGGGGGUUGCCUAUCUGGGCUAGAGUUCCCUUAAAGGUACUCACGCCCUUGUUAUCACCGUUCUUGGUGAGUGCGGAUGAAACGGGGGCUCGUCAGCUGUUCAUUGCUACGAGUGGCAUCUACCCACCUGCCAAGCCGGUAGAGGGCUCGCCUUUUGCCACUGGUACACCCGUACCCAAAACCCUUAAUGUUAUGAAAGGUGGAGAUGGACAGACUGGCAGUGGUGGGUAUCUGGUGAAUUGGAAUGGCGAGAUCACGGGGAAUAAGAUCUUGGACGAGUAUCGGGAGAAAGGUGCGUCCAAGACUGUGUGGGAGCAUACGAUGGGGAUUUUUGACCGGGUGGACAAAGCCAAUCAAGGCAAAGUAGAUGCUGGGAGUUCUUGA